AUGAAGGUUCCACUUACCAUGACUGAAGUCCUUGAAGGUAUUGACGACGAAGUUAGAGUUAUUAUUACCAGAACAGGAAAACCUGAGAAGAAUGCUUCUGACUCAAAUAUUGAAAAGGCUUUCGAUUUACAAGUCAAAGGUUACAACAAGAGACGUCACAGAAGAAGUAAGGGUAGUUAUAUCAAAUUUUGGAAUUUAUUCAGUGAGAAAUUGAUGGAAGAUUCUGUUAUUUUGGAUUUCAAAGAUGAAGUUACUAAGAAGAAGAGAAGGUCAAACAAUUCAAACUCGUCUAUUACUACUACUACAACUGCUACUAGUUCUAACUCAAACAAGAGUCAAACCCCCCAAAGUCUGCAAUGUUUGUGGCAAAGAACACUUUUGGUCACUGUGUCCAGAAUUGAAGGAAUUGAGGAAGGACAAGUUGUUGAACUAUCACCAUGGACCUUAUCAUGA